UCACCGGAAACUAGUUUUCUCCCGUGUGCGUGUCAGUGAGAAAGUAAACAAAAGGAGGAACCUUGUUUAAACUGGACUUUCGCCUGCAAACACGUCGAGAUGUCGCGCACAACUCAGCGCAGUUUACGCACAGUGACCGGCCACAACAAGUCCGCGGUGCACGUUACGUAAGCGCGCAGCCACAGCAGGCGUUUAAAAACAGCGAGGCUGCGGAGCUCCAGCUGGAACUUUUCCUCUCCGCUCCGACACCAGCAGACUCUGCUCUCUUCACAGCACCCAGACAUGUCCUCUUACAACAACAGCGCGCGUCUCAACGAGGCCAGGAAAGUGGCUAUUUUCGGGGGGACGCACGGCAACGAGAUGUCCGGCGUGACGCUCGUCAACCUGUGGGUGAAGAACAGCGCCGAGGUUCAGAGGAAAGGGGUCGAAACCAAACCGUUCAUCACCAACCCGAAGGCGGUGGAGAAGUGCGCCAGAUACGUGGACACGGAUCUGAACCGAGCCUUCACACCGGAGAACCUCAGCGCCCCGGGCGGAGACGACCUGCCCUACGAGGUGCAGAGAGCCCAGGAGAUCAACCAGAUCUUCGGACCCAAAGGAAGUCCAGAGGCCUACGACGUGGUCUUUGACCUCCACAACACGACGUCCAACAUGGGCUGCACCCUGAUCCUGGAGAGCUCCAAAGACCACUUCAAUCUGCAGAUGAUGAACUACAUCAAGCUGAGACUUGACUCUGUGUUGCAGAAAGCCAUCGCUCCAGCCAGCUGUCUCGUUCUGCUGAAUGAACAUCCUCUUUUGAAAUAUUCCACUUCACGCUCCGUCGCCAAGCACCCUGUUGGUCUGGAAGUGGGUCCUCAGCCUCAGGGUGUUCUGAGGAGUAACAUUUUUGAUGCCAUGAGGGUAAUACUGAAACAUGCCCUGGACUUCAUCGAGCUGUUUAAUGAAGGCAUGGAGUUCCCUCCCUGUACGGUGGAAGUCUUCCGGGUCUCGGAGAGGAUCGACUACCCCAGGGAUGCCAAUGGAAACAUCAUUGCCAUGGUGCACCCCAAUCUGCAGGACUGCGACUGGGAACCGCUGAACCCCGGUGACCCUAUGUUCCAAACGUUUGACGGAAAGACCAUCCGCUACCAAGGCUCGGGCACCGUCUACCCCACUUUUAUUAAUGAGGCAGCCUAUUAUGAAAAACAACAGGCAUUUGUAACCACCAGGCGGGAAACCUUGGCAGCGAGUGCCAUCAGAAAAGUAUGAGAACUGGUUUCGUACUGCGGCUAACAGCGAUCAUGAAUAUGUGUUAGCCACCACAGCAUCAACCUGUGUAUAGAUUUUGCACUUUGUUCUGUUAGUAAAUGACAGACUUUCCUCACAUAAUGACUAGAUACCAUCUUUUACACACUGAUUUGUAGUUUUCUAUGCAUUCUCUAUCAGAAAAAUCUAUUAACUAUGCAAAGAACAUGUGUGGAGGCUUUGCAAAGAGUCACUGUGAAAAAAGUCUUUAAAUCAGAAGACUGCUAUAUUGCUGUGGUAAGUAUUUAUGAUACUGUUGUUAUUUAAAAACACAUAUUUACAUUAAAUCAACUAAGUUUUUAUAAUAUUAAAGGCCAGGCCUAAUCAUUGAUGAUUUAUGAAUCAUUACACAACACUCUUUAAGUUUCCUACUACUGCUCAGGACGGCCAUUUUGGGUCAUAACCUGCAACUUUUGACCCAAAACUGUAGUUGUUUGUCCUCUUCUAUAUAUAUUUGUAACAUCUUUGGGAGGGUGUUUGUGGCCUUUGAUACUACCUACCUGUAACUCCAGUGGUUGCAUCUGUGGUGCUGUCCUAUCGUUGCCUUAAUAGAGAUUUCCGAAAAAAAAAAUUGCACAACAAAUUUGGAGUGGAUUAUAUGCGUUGGAUAACGAGAUAUUAUUUUGAUAAGAAAUGGUAAAUGUUCAGUUCCUCUAAACAAAUGGGAUGCAGUUUAAAGCCUGUUUUAUAAUAAUAUAUUUGUGUCUAUUUUGAUAUACUUGUACUGUAUGUAAGUGAUGUAUAGGACUCGUUGAAUCGUGGAAAGCAUAUGUACUUUUUAAUAUUUUUUACGUCUUCGUUGUGUCAAAGUGUAUCGCUGUGGUCUUACCGUAAUUCAUUUUUCAAUCAGCAAUAUUUUUGGUAGCACCAUUUAUAUGAUUAGUAACGUUUACUGUACUUGAAGUCCUGUGGAAAUGAUCCAAUCAAUAAAUGUAGUACUAUGCUA